AUGAUCCUGAGCACGGGUUCUCCCCGGAGGUCGUUUAGCAUCCCUAUUAACAUCAACCUGCAUGGCGCACGCAGGCGGCAGACACGGGAGCUGUUCCAUGCUGCUGUGCAGGAGCAGGAGUGGGAUGGGUGUGGAGGGCAGGGAGCUCGGACCCAGAUGCCGGCGUCCAGCGUUGGAGAAGACAGAGCCAUCCUGCUGGGCUUCACCAUGAUGGCCUUCUCUGUGCUCAUGUUCUUUGUGGUCGGCAUCACGACAGUCAAGCCUUACAUUACCAGUUGCUGGGAGGAGGAGGCCCAGUGUGUGCUGCAUCAGACUGACAUUCCAGAAGAUUGGGUGGACUGCAGAGGAGUGAGCGUAGUGCCUUGCCUUAAAGUGACAGUCAACUUGACCGGCUCCAGUCAAGGGGCCUUUCUCCACUAUGAUGAGGAGUCUGUCCUUCUGGCUAAAGAAUGUUUUUAUGUCCCAAAAUGUCAAAUGGACAAGGAUGAUCUUCGAGACGAAGUGCAGGAAGUAAGAAAAAGAUUGGAGCAUCAUCUGGGAAGAAACUACUCGUGCUUAAGUGAUCACAAGAAUCACCCCAACCACGUCAUCUGGCACAAGAAGUACACUUUGAGAAGGGUGCUGUUUGGACUGCUUUGGCCCUGUCUAAUGCUGGGUGGUGGAGCUCUUCUGGUGGGCUUUGUGAAGAUGACUCAGUGCUUAGCUCAUCUGUCCUCUGAGGUGUGCAUUGAAACAGUGAAGGGAAGGUUGACUUCAAGAUACACUCGGGGCAAACUUUAUAAACUCCUGCGGAGGUCAAGUAUGCAAUCCCCUACAUGA